AUGAAAUGUAACGAGCGAGAUUGUAAUAACGAUAACGGGGAGGAAGAUGAGAAAGACACAAACACAACAAUCGCGGUUAAAUUACCUGCUACCACUGCUUUGAUCGUGGGAUACGAUCCUAUUGAUGAUCAACACAAAGCAUUAUCCUUGAAGAGAAAAAGAACUGAGAAACUGAGUUUUAUCAAUGCACUUAAGGGUUUUGUGCAAUGGGGAAGUGAAGCAGUAUUCAUUGAAUACAAAGGGAAGCUUGCUUCCAUUGAUUUGGAGACAGUGAAGAGUUUAGGCGCUCUUAUGGAUUCGAAAGAACCUCCGGCUCCCGUGAAUCUCUUGUUCUGA